AUGGCUGAAGAGGAUAGCAAGCAAAAUGCAAUCUCCAACGACCAACCUCAGCAGCCAUUACCAACCUUACCAGGAUACCGGUAUGGUGGUGGUGGAUCAGGUGAGAGAAAAACAUGGCCGGAGUUGGUGGGAUUAACAAGUGAAGAAGCAGAAAGAAGGAUCAAGGAAGAGAUGCCUGGAGUUAACGUUCAUGUGAUUCCGCCUGAUUAUUUCGUUACAAUGGAUUUCAGAACAGACCGGGUGCGAAUCUUCACUGACUCCUCAGGAAAAGUCUCACGGGCACCUAUGAUCGGUUGA